GGUAAUCCCCUCUCCCUUCCAGCCACUCCCACCGACGGGCUCUGUGCUCUCACUCGCCCGUUUAGCUUGAGUUGCUUCUGAUGCUGCAGCUACCGUAGUCGCUAUAUCUCCCCAUAACAGCAGUCAUGGCGACAGAGGUCCAACCGCUCACUCUGGAUCGAGAUGUGUGCAGGGCGAUUGAGUUGCUGGAGAAGCUACAGGAGUCCGGGGACGUCCCGGGUCACAAGCUGCAGUCCCUGAAGUUGGUGUUGCAGAGUGAGUUCUGCACAGCCAUUCGAGAGGUGUACCAGUACAUGCAUGAAACAAUCACAGUCAAUGGCUGUCCAGAGUACCAGGCGCGGGCUACAGCGAAGGCCACAGUUGCAGCCUUUGCGGCCAGCGAGGGUCACUCUCACCCCCGAGUGGUGGAGCUGCCCAAGACGGAGGAGGGGCUGGGCUUCAAUGUGAUGGGCGGCAAGGAGCAGAACUCUCCCAUCUAUAUCUCCCGCAUCAUCCCAGGGGGCUUGGCUGAGAGGCACGGGGGCCUGAAGCGAGGGGACCAGCUCCUGUCUGUCAAUGGUGUGAGUGUGGAAGGGGAGCACCACGAGAAGGCAGUGGAGCUUCUGAAGGCAGCCAAGGACAGUGUGAAGCUGGUGGUACGCUACACGCCCAAGGUCCUGGAGGAGAUGGAGGCGCGCUUCGAGAAGCUCCGCACGGCCCGCCGCCGUCAGCAGCAGCAGCUCCUCAUGCAGGCUCAGCAGCAGCAGAACCUCACUACCCAGCAGAACCAUAUGUCGUAGGCUGUUCCAAAAGAAGAAGUAGUGAAGGACACCGAAAGCAAGGUUCUAAGUCCAUCUCUGUGCGGAGGAUCCCGAAGGAACCACCUGGUAGAGGAGAAUGUGAUACUGUUAAGCAGUGAAGACUCUCUCUCCCCCUUCAAUGUACUACCAACAGAAGGAAGCAAAACUGAAUGAUAUGUGUUCUGAAAUGUAAACAAUGGUGCUUGUGACUUGAGACAUUGGAGGCUAGCACUGAAACCCAUCCUUUUAACUUUGAUUUUGUUUGUGUUCAUGUUAAGUUUUCCUCUAACAGUUGAAAGUUGUGACCCUCCUCAAUGUUCCUCCUUGUCAUUUGUGAUAGUUUAUUUUUGUUAUCUGUUUUGAAUUCAUUUCACUUGUUUCCUGACUUUGGUUUUGCUAUAGCUUUGUACAGUGAUAUUGUUUCUUCUAUGGGAGCUUGUGUCUGUGUGUGAAUGAACAUUGCUUUGUACAGUGAUAUUGUUUAUUCUAUGGGAGCUUGUGUCUGUGUGUGAAUGAACAUUGCUUUGUACAGUGAUAUUGUUUCUUCUAUGGGAGCUUGCGUCUGUGUGUGAAUGAACAUUGCUUUUUACAGUGAUAUUGUUUCUUCUAUGGGAGCUUGUGUCUGUGUGUGAAUGAACAUUGCUUUGUACAGUGAUAUUGUUUCUUCUAUGGGAGCUUGUGUCUGUGUGUGAAUGAACAUUGCUUUGUACAGUGAUAUUGUUUAUUCUAUGGGAGCUUGUGUCUGUGGGUGAAUGAACAUUGCUUUGUACAGUGAUAUUGUUUCUUCUAUGGGAGCUUGUGUCUGUGUGUGAAUGAACAUUGCUUUGUACAGUGAUAUUGUUUCUUCUAUGGGAGCUUGUGUCUGUGUGUGAAUGAACAUAGCUUUGUACAGUGAUAUUGUUUAUUCUAUGGGA